AUGAGCCAUUGCGCCAUCGCCGCUCUCCACUGCGUGGUUGUGGAUGAUCCAUCGUGCUCGGCGGCGAGGCUGAGGAGCGGCGGCAGCGCUGGCGCCUGCUGCAGUGUGAGAAUCGCGGCCCCGUCGAGCCGGGCAGCAAGAUCUUUCGGGAAGGUAGGGUGUAGUGGCAGCAACGCGGACAGCGUUUGUGGGAUCUGUCACCCGCUCGCGAUUGGGAUUUCGCGGUCGGAAGAGAAAUGGAGAAAGCGAAAUCUAGCGAUUCGCGCUGCCGAGCAGCAGGGCGGUGGUAGCGGCGGUGCAAUGGUUUUUAGUUUUCGAAGCAUUGAUCAUUUUUUUCUCCUUUGUUUCCUCCAGGGAUUCAACUGGGAAUCUCAAGCAAAGAAGCCUUGGUAUGACACUCUCAAGAGCAGGGCUGCGGAGAUCCAAGCUGCCGGCUUCACAGAUGUGUGGUUUCCACCACCUUCACAGUCGGUUGAUAAGCAUGGAUAUUUGCCGACUCAGCUCUACGAUCUUAACUCGUCGAGCUACGGGAAUGAGGCCCAGCUGAGGGAAUGCAUCGACGUCUUGCAUUCGCAUAACCUGUGCUGCAUCGCCGACAUCGUGAUCAACCAUCGAAGUGGCUGGAAGCAAGACUCAACUGGACACUGGAACCUUUACGAGGGUGGAACCAAGGACAAGAGGCUUGACUGGGGACCGUGGGCUUUGGUCAGCAACGACAUCUAUGACAGUGGUGGGAAGGGGUCCAAGGAUAGUGGUGAGAGCUAUGGAGCGGCUCCGGACCUGGACCAUUCCAACAAGCAAGUGCAAGACGAGCUCACAGACUGGAUGAACUGGAUGAAGGCAGAGAUUGGAUUCGAUGGUUGGCGCUUCGAUUUCGUCAAGGGCUACUCACCGGCCUACACCAAGAUAUACUGCGAGAGGACACAUCCAAGCUUCUCGGUGGGCGAGUACUGGACUUCGUUGAACUACGAAAACGGCAGGGCGGCUGCAAACCAAAAUACCCACAGGCAACAGCUUUGCGAUUGGAUUGAUGGUACUGGAGGACUUUCCUGUGUGUUCGACUUCACCACCAAAGGAGUUCUUCAAGAUGCCGUGAAGAACGAGUACUGGCGACUGCGGGACGGAGAGGGAAAGCCUCCCGGUCUUAUUGGGUGGUAUCCAACAAAAGCUGUAACUUUUGUCGACAAUCACGACACGGGAUCUACUCAGAGACACUGGAAUUUUCCCGAUGACAAAGUUCUCUUGGGCUACGUAUACAUCAUCACGCAUCCGGGCAUACCAUGCAUUUUCUGGGACCAUUUCUUCGACUGGGGGAUGAAGGACAAGAUCUCACAACUGAUGGAGCUGAGACGAAACAACGGCAUACACUCAGACAGCAAGAUCACGAUUCUUGCAGCAGACUUCGACAUGUACGUUGCCUGUGUCGACGAAAGGCUCAUCAUCAAGCUCGGAAACAGGUUUGACAUGGGCACGCUCGUCCCAAAUCCCACAGCGUGGAAGAUCAUCAUGACCGGACCAGAGUUCGCCAUCUGGGAAAACAUGAAAGAGCAUGCCAUCCUUCCACAGCCAAAGCUCACGUCCGAUAUUGUCAUCAACGCGGCUGGUGGCAGUGCAGCAGAUGCCACCAAGACAGACGUGGAGAUCAAAAUCACUACCGACAUGUCGUGUGGAACCGUGGGCCGGAUAAUGCAGGAGGUGCCCGGCCUCGUCUCAAACGCAAAAGACUUGAGCGACACCUUGAAGAGCUGCAAGCUCCCGCCUCCCAGCGGGAUUGACAACGGCAAGAACAAGGACAAGGACAAGGACAAGAGCAAGCCAGCAGCACCGAAGCAUAAAGUGGAGAUCCAUGACGAAGACAAUGAGGACGAUGAAGAUGAUGAAGACGACGAUGACGAUGAUGAAGACGAUGAUGAAGAUGAAGAUGACAAUGAGAAUGACGACGACGACAAAGACGAGCGUGAGAAUGUUAAAAACAAGAAGAAAUGAAACUCACCAUUUCCCAUCAC